AUGGGGCCCCCGGGCAAUAGGGGAUCAUGGGGCCCCUUGUGUCCUUGCCCAAACUCAAAAAAGCCUAUAAAAAAGGGUACCAGGGGCAUCUCUCUAUACAAAAUUUGCAGCUUAGAUGAACUUAAAAAUAAAUGUUGUGUUAUAGUAAAUGUUCAAUUUUGUGUUACACGGAAUCAGGGGUGGACUGAAAACUCAUGGGGCCCACAGGCAAUAGGGGAUCAUGGGGCCCCUGUGUCCUUGCCCAGACGCAAAAAAGCCUAUGAAAAAGGUACCAGGGGCAUCUAUUGGGGCCCCCUACUGACCCCGGGCCCUCGGGCAGUGCCUGAGUUUCCAAAUAAUCAGUCCGCCCCUGCA